AUGAAGUACGGAGAGCAUCAAGCGAGUGUGAUGGUGGAUGGGAAGGCGCUUGAAGAGUUCAAUGUGGAGCAUACCUACGACAAGAACACAAAUACGCACACGUGCACUGCGGAGAUCGCUUACACUCACAACGCGAACUUUAUCACACAUCAUACCUAUUCUAAGGAAAGCAAGGAUCAGACUGUCACAUACUUCUUUCACAUUUGCACCCAGGACGCAGGUCAGAGGGAGGGCUAUAUUAAGGGGUUUCGUACCGCCAGUCAUGGUUACAAGCCGUUCAGGUGGUCUCGCCUGGCACACCGAGCGGAUUUUGAGGACGAAACCUCGACAUCGUCACUUCCUCUUCAAGCAGGGACCAUCAAGCUCCAUAUCGAGCCGCGAAAGAAUCUCAGCGAGCGACCGGCGAUAAUACCCGCUUCCGACGGCCCACUGGAUGCGACUGGCCUGCAACCUUCCAAGGGCAUGAUCAAACCGGCGCUGGUCGGAGCCGAUGCAGAAGUCGCGCAGAAAACUCCGUUACGCUCCUUCGCGAGCGACUACGACCCAUCUCGCCCUGUUGUUGUCAUGAUCUGGAAAUACAUGUUGCGUGAUCUUAUCGUCGAUCGAUCACAAGGUAGUCGAUCCGCAACAUUGGGCGCUCCCUCGAGCUCGUCCGCCUCCAAUCACUCGGCAGCAAGCAAUGCUCAGUCUCCGGUCAAGCGCAAACGCGAGCUGGAUGAGGAAGCUGAACAGCUUCAAAGCCGCUGGGCAGCCAUCAAGCAAGAGCGUUUGCAGCUGCGCGAGACUACUGCUAAUGUGAAGCCAGAGGCCGAACACCGCGUGCGAUCCAGAGCAGGUAGCAACGCCAGCGUGCAGAGCGUUCCGCCACCAGUCAGAGAGCGCACUGGCCAAAGCAUCUCCAUCGAUCUUACCGAGCUUGAUGACGAUGACGAGUGAGAGCACCCGAAGCAUUCAGAGGUCUACUCGGCUUACAGUCAAUCAGUGAGCUCUUCUUACGACGCUAGCAGAAGCAGCUUUCAUGCUAACGGCUGCAUUCUCGUCCUGCCAUCAGACCACUUGCAUUUUGAAGUUCGACACGACUCAAGCCUUUGCGUCAUGGUCUGAAGCAAAUUUCGCCGUCGUCAUCAAGAAUCACCUCCCAGCAAUUCCUGUAAUGUCAUCAAACAUCGCCCAGUCAUCUGUCAUCAAUCACCAACUCAAGACCCCAUUUCGGCCCAGCCACAAUUCACAUUUUCGCUUCCCAUCAUCAGUCACCUUUUGUCAACCAGAGUCGUGCCAGUGCGCCGGCAACUUGAUUCGCUUUCGAGUCCAGAUUCUCAUUUUCGUAACGUGAUCUGCCGGGUACAGCUCGUGACACUUAGAAGGGGACAUUCGGGACGCCGAGAG